AUGAUUGAUACUGAACCGUUGCUUUUGAAGCCUGAAAUCUACUCUUCUGAGCAUGAUAGUCAAAAGAUCAAGAGCAAAAUUAUUAGCAAUCUAACUAAAUUAAAACGGCUUUUUCAAUGCAAGAAAACUGAUGAUGAAUAUGAGAACCUGGAUGGUAAUCGAAAAGAUGUUCACAAAGGAGAAUCAAUCAACUUCUUAGAGCCAUUUCGAUUUGCUGAUCGAAUUGAUCUUCUUUUAAUUUGUGUUGGUUUAAUUUGUAGCAUACUGCAAGCUGUCAGCUUUGUUGUGGUUUUCAUUAUUUUUGGUAGACUUACAGGAACAUUUGUUGAAAUGUUAUUUUCUGAAAAAUGUCCAGAAGUACAACGAAAUUUGUCGAUCACUAGAACAAGUAGCAAUGAUUGCCCAUUCAAUAUCAAUCUAAGUGUAUCGGACUAUAGUCAAUUACAAAGGUUAUGCAAAAAUUAUAGCUUUACAACAUCUGCAUCAUCGCUUUCAUCUCUAUCUGAAGCUCGAAUUCAAGCGACCAAAUUCAUUCAUUGGCUUCUAGUACCACUUUUACAGACACUUUCGGAAGCACGAGCUGCAGCAAUUGAAACAUUUCACAUCAUCGAUGAGAAAUCCGAAGCAAAUAUCAAUGAAGAUGACAUAUGGGAUGCUAAGGGAUCAGAGGAAGAAGAUAUUGAUAUCAACGGUGACAUUAAAUUUAAUGAGGUGAAUUUUACAUAUCCAGUUCGACAAGAUGUACCAAUUUUAAAGAACCUAUCAUUAGUAGCUCAUGCUGGUGAAAUAACUGCUUUAGUAGGCUCAAGUGGUUCUGGAAAGAGUACAUGCAUAUCACUCUUACUUCGAUUUUAUGAAGCUUCAUCGGGUAGUAUCAUGAUCAAAGAUCGGUCCAUUUACGAUUACAAUCUCAAGAAACUUCGGCAACACAUCGGAAUCGUCAGUCAAGAGCCUAUUUUGUUUGCAACAAGUAUCUACGAGAAUAUUCGAUAUGGAAAGGAAAAUGCAACAACAGCAGAAGUUGAAGAAGCAGCAAAGCAAGCUAAUGCGCACAAUUUUAUCAUGCAACUACCUAAUAAAUAUGAGACACUAGUUGGAGAACGUGGUAUUCAAUUAAGCGGUGGUGAAAAGCAGCGAGUAGCAUUGGCUCGUGCUCUUAUAAAACAACCUUCUAUCUUGUUGUUAGAUGAAGCAACAAGUGCACUUGAUAAUGUCAGUGAAAAAAUUGUUCAAGCAGCACUCAAUCGGGCAAGUCAAGGUUGA